GUUAUUAGCUACACUAUCAAAUAUGACGUUUGUUUUGGUUAACAUCCAAAUUUCGUUUAAAAUGAAUAUAAAAUAUAAAGCAACACUAUCAGUAGUUGUGAUAGUAUACUUUAGAUGUAUUGUGACUAUUGUGGGAGUUGCUAAAGUUCAGGAGACUCUGUCGUGAAGUGCUAGGUGCUCAAGAAUUAUCAACAAGCAGUUCAAUGAAGUGAGACACCUGUGUCUUACAGCACGACACAACAUGAAUUUGGAAUCUAUCUAUAUUUUCAAAUAAUACGAUUUUUAGACUAUUGUCGAAAAAUAUGUUUACUGCAAGUAAUUAUUUUUUUUUGAAAAUAAAUGUAUUUUAAGGAACA